GACGAUGGCUACGAUUCUUACGACGAAGAACCGCCCUUGAGCGGGAGAGAGAGAGAAAGAGAGGCUUCCAGGCGUGGUCCCAGUCCGAGGUCGAGCCACCACUCGAGGACACCUCGUAUCCGCGAGUCGAGGCAGUCGUCGCGGUAUUCGCAGUCUACCUCCGAGACGGAUUCGGACGACGAAUCUGAGAGCAGCGUCUCGACGCAAGAAGAGAAGCAUGAGCGCCGUCGAGACAGAAACAGGCAAGAGAGAGAGAAAUACUCGAAACCCUUACGCCAAACGGUCGUCGAGCGGCGGCGGCCGGCCGAGGACGACAAGACACCGAAACGCCGCAUGAAGAUAAAGAAGAUCAUCUACAUGGAAGAGGACGACGGCUCCACCGAGGCCACCCCGCGACAGUCCACGGAUGAGCGCAGCCGCUCGCUUUCUCGGCACCGUUCUCACAUCUCGCGACCGGCUUCGGAGCGGCACUACUCCAGUCAUCGUUCCCGCAGCCCGGCCCGGAGAUCAAGCCACCAUCACCAGCCGCCCAGCUCCUCCAAGAGGCUGGCUCGCGAGGUUUACCAGACUAGGGGCGAUUCCGAGUUGACCCCAACUAGGAUCUCGAUAAGACACCCCACAACCUCGUCCAACAGGCGCUCUUCCAGCUUCCUGGGCAACCUGCUGACGGGGAGCUCCGUCUCCCAUUCGUCCGAUAAGACGGCCAGAGUUGAGUGCGUUGUGUGCAUGGAAGAAUUUUCGUCGAGCAAGAUUGCAAAACUCAAGUGCGGGCAUCGGAUGUGCAGCGUGUGUCUGAAGAGGCACUUCAAAAUCUCCAUCACUGACCCGCAGGAAAUGCCUCCCAAGUGCUGCUCCGAGAACAUCGCCUUGAAGCACGUCGACCACCUGUUCUCAGCCGACUUCAAGAAAAAGUGGAAUCGGAAGUUCCAAGAGUACUCGGCACGGAAUCGAAUUUACUGUCCUUCUAAAAAAUGUGGCGCCUGGAUCAAGCCACAUUACAUCCGCAAAGAAGGAGGUCGCAAGUACGGUAAGUGUGGACAAUGCCGGACCAAGGUGUGUUGCUCGUGUAACGGCCGGUGGCACCCAUCGAGAGAAUGUCCCAACGACGAGGAGACGACAAGAUUUUUAGACCAGGCCAAGGAUGAGGGCUGGAAGCGAUGCUACAAGUGCCACCACAUGGUUGAGCUCAAGGAAGGCUGCAAUCACAUGACAUGUCGAUGCGGAGCACAGUUUUGCAUGGUAUGCGGUACGAAGUGGAAGAGUUGCGACUGUCCCUGGUUCAACCACGAGACAGAAGACGCAGACCAGCUCUACGAUGUGCAGGUGCCGGCUGCCAUUCAACACAUGGAGCCACUGGACCUGGCCCAGAGCUCAAGGAGUAUGCGGCCAAGUGUUGCGCCCAGCGCACCCCGGUCGCGAUCGCAAGAGUACGACAGCAGACUGAUGCGGAGAUUCCAAGAAAACCGGGACGAAGACCUUGCGCGGACGCUACAGAGUUACGAGAUUGACGAUGUUUACGACGGCGGAUAUGGGGACCUUGUCGAUGUCGGCAAUACGGCGGGCCAUUUCAUGAACGACGACUAUCGCAGAGAACUGGACACUUUUGUGGCGGCACCUGUGCCGCCGGCACCAACGCCACCAGCGGCUUUCGAACGUCCGGCGCCGACGGACUACAUGUCGGGGGUUAACAGAGCGAGAGGCAUGCCUCCAGACGCAUUGGGGCAGCGCCUCGCCGAGCGCUUCUCGGAAUUCCGUUCGAGCCCGAGUGCCCCCCGGCCGGGGAUGAUGGCACCGCCGCCGGUACCCCCCCUCGGACCGAUGACUGCUCCUCCAAUGGGACCUCUUCCGAUGUCGGCACCGAUGGUAAUGGGCCCCCGUCCGCCACUUCCGUUGCUUAGGAGGCACACGAUAGAGGAGGAAAUGUACAACAGGACCACGCGGCCAUCCGAGCGCGUGGUGCCGGGGCGGAUGGUACACGAUUACGAGAGGGAGGCGGCAGUGCAUGCGCCACGGAGCCGGAGACGAAUGCGAGAGGAGCCCAAAUCGUCGACGCUCGCCGGGCUCACGGGGAUGGGUCGCGGCAUGAAUCGUGUGCAUGAAUGGCGGAACCAUGUGCAACCAGGCAUGCCGGAGGGAGAGCGGGCAGCCAUGGCCAAGCAGGCAAAAGAACGAGGCUCGCUGACUCGCAAUGAACGUCUCCGCUCGCUAUCUCGGGGUGGACCCCUCUCACCAAUGAGCAUCUCAAUGAUUGUCCAUGGAUUGAGAAACGUCUGGUCCCCUGCCAAGCCUGGCGCACACCCAUAUAUCUUACCUGCCAGCCUCACUUCUCCCCGGUGCAGCGUGCUCAACAUCACGAUGCUUCUCGUCUACCAGGUCGGGAGCGUCAAGAUUGGGGAGGUCAUCCGUUACACCGUCACCUACACGCCCUCCCAGGACCGAAUCCUGCCCUCGCCUGAACGCCUCUACCUGCGCGUCCGCAAUUCCUCCGCCAUCGCCCUGCGCGCCGCCUUUGUCCACGGCCCCUAUACGCUAGGCGCCGCUGCCUAUCCGUCCAAUUUCAACCCCAACGUCAAGUUCGCGAACCCCCGCCGCUAUGGCGUCCCCGAGUUCGAGCCAAUGCUCAAGGCCGGCGGCUCGUGGGAGUGCGAGCUGCUAGUGCCAGAACACAUACGUCAGAGUGCGGGAACCGGAGGCGGCGGCCACUUCGGCGGCGUGGCUCCAGCCGAUCAGGAGGCCGAGAGCGCCUCGUGGAUUGUCGAGGUGUCGUCGCAGGUCAUCUUUUCAACUUCGGCCGCGGUUGGGUAUGAGGUGACGCUCGCUAGAGACGCAAAGUCGCUGAACCUAAGCUCCUCACUGCCUGUCAUCGGCGGCCAGGCCCAGGUACCGCAACCCGGCAGGGUUGCCGACCACCAGCAGAGCAUCGGUGCCAAGGAUGGCCACCACCCAGCGCAGCUAAAGGGCGUGUUCUCUAAGGCGAUUCGGCUCAAGGUAGAGGACACGGCCACCCUGUGGAAUACCCCGAGGCUUCCGGGCUGGGACGACCUCAACAUUGACCGGCUCAAGAGUCGUAACAAGAAGGACCAACCUGUCGAGAGCGUCACCCAGGAAGCGCCACAGGAGAAGCCAGAGGUGAAGCAAAAGAAAGUGCACUUGGUUGUCCUCACCCAUGGUCUGCACAGCAACUUGGGGGCCGACAUGUUGUAUUUAAAGGAGAGCAUUGAUCAGACAGUCGCGCAGGCCAAGAUUGAUGCCAAGGCCAGGCGUGCCAAGGAGCGCGCUGAGAAACAAGUCAGAGAGCAACAAGCAAAGGAAGACAGGAACGCCACAAAGGAUGCCAAAGACAAAUGUGAUGACAUAGCCCAAGAUGACAGCCCUUUAGAAGAUGAUGGGGACAACGAAGAGGUUAUUGUGCGCGGCUUCUCGGGCAAUGCAACAAGGACAGAAAGAGGUAUCAAGUACCUGGGUAAGAGGCUGGCCAGGUAUAUCCUCUCCAUGUCGUACCCCGAUCAGCCUUUCCUGCCGUCAAAGAAGAGCCCGGCAGAGACUGCAGUUGCUGCAGUCUUCAACAAAUCUGAAUCAGACAGCAAGGCAGCUCACAAACACAGCACGAUACACAAAGAAGAAGCCAGCGAAAAGCGCCCGUUUAAGAUUACCAGCAUCAGUUUCAUCGGCCACUCUUUGGGCGGCCUGAUACAGACAUACGCAGUUGCAUAUAUCCAGAAGCAUUCGCCAGAAUUCUUUACCCUAAUCAAACCAAUCAACUUUGUCGCCCUUGCCACACCAUUUCUCGGCCUAAGCAACGAAAAUCCCUUAUACGUCAAGUUUGCCCUGGACUUUGGCUUGGUCGGCAGAACAGGCCAGGAUCUUGGUCUUACCUGGCGGGCGCCUACAAUUGCGAGGAGCGGCUGGGGCGCCAUCGUCAGCAAUCUUGGCGAAAGCGCACACAAAAGGGUCAUGGGUGAAGUCCAACCUGAGUCGAAACCUCUGCUGCGGAUUCUGCCAACUGGCCCGGCCCAUACGGCGCUCAAGAAGUUCCGCAACCGCACCGUCUACUCCAACGUGGUCAACGACGGCAUCGUCCCAUUGAGGACCAGCUGUCUCCUGUUCCUCGAUUGGCAGGGUCUGGGCCGCGUGGAAAAGGCAAGACGAGACGCUGGGCUGGUCGAGACACUUGUUGGUGCUGGCUGGGCAGAACUGACCGGCGGAAGCUUGGCGCCUACACCACGGAGAUCCAGCGCCCUCCCGCCAGACAUGGAGCAGCCUUCGGAUGACCAGUCUGGCAAUAUUACGCCGACAUUCCCGACCAACGCUGUUGAAGUACCACAGCCGCCGCGGAACGCAAUGAUGGAAGAUGACCAAGCUAGUCUUCGUUCGGUCCCCACGCCGUACAACGAAGCAGGACCCGAGGACGCAAAGGGCGGUGCCAGUAAUGGACCGUUUGCUGGAUUUUUGUCCCUUUUCAAGGGUAACGAACAAGCCCAGCCAAAAACACAAACCAAGACGCCCAGCAUGUCCAACAAGCAGCACAAAAUCUACAAGCGGAGUCAGACGAUCAACUUUGACGACAUCUCGCAGACGUCGGGGUCCAGGGUCACUGCAGGCCACGAGCUCGAGCGAGAUCACCACAUUGCGCCGCCGAGAACGAGCUUUUUCGAGUCUGCGCACGAUCUGAUCAACCCCAAGAUCCCUACCACAGAGUACAUCAUCGACCCCUCCAAGCGCCCCAGGGCCAUUUUUCACGACCGCGUCUACCAUCCAUCAGAUAUCCCGCCGCCGCCGUUGAAGAAGAAACCCACGGGCUCGCUGGCGUCUCGCAGAAGCACAUUCAGGAGGGCUGCGUCGACAGGUUCUGGCGGAUCGAGGACUAGCACCGACUCGUCACCCCAUCCGUCCCAACGUUUCUCGCAUGAAGGCACCGUGGACUCGACGCGGGACUAUGACGACACCCCUAAUAUGAAUUCAAAUAGAGAGCCCUAUGAGGAAGUGGAUGGUUCGCAGAUGCGGGUUGAAGAGAAAAUCGCUCGAGCUUACCACCGUGGCCUGGCUUGGCGAAAAGUCCUCGUCAAGCUGGAGCCCGACGCGCACAACAAUAUUAUCGUGCGCCGGAUGUUCGCCAAUGCUUACGGCUGGCCUGUUGUAAAACAUCUGGUGGAUGCUCACUUCAGCGAUUCGGCGACCGCGAGGACUCGCGACGAAGACGAGUCUUCCGGAGAGCUGGCACUCGACAUUAGCCAGACACCGAAUAAGUACGGCGACGAGGUUAGGGAUAGCGGUCUGGCAUCCAAAGACGGCGCGAUUGAUAGGCCGCCCGCUGGUCUGCUGUCUCCAACUUCUCAACGGGAGGCCGAAGACAUGGUGCCGGACAUGCGGGCGCCGCCCAAACGACGCUCGUCCUCGCGCAGCUCAUCCGCCAGCCCGCCUCGAAUCACCAGAUCGCCUCGGCCACCGCCAGAACGGGUUGAUUCUGUGACGUGGAGUGACCGAGAUUGGGCGGACAGCGACGAUAGUGAGACAACGACCACGACAGCCAGCGCCGUGAGCCCCAGGGAUGCUGAGUUCAAGGACAAGGAUGGCAACCGGUCGACAACGCCACUCGGCACCUGGAACUGGACGGAGAAGAUUGUAGGCAGGGGAGGAUUGGCCCGCAAGACAUCACCCAAGCCGACCGUCAAGAGCGACGACGGCGGCGUAGACUAAUAGCCAAAAGAUGAGGGUUGGAUGCACAUAAAUACCUACUUAUAUACCUACUGUUUUAAUCGAUGAGAUCACAUUUUUUCAUGACUUUAAUUGACGACCAUUGGCAUCGUUUGGCUGGGCAAUACUGGUUUUACUUCUUCUGUCAAC